AUGUCCGUCAACGCUGUUGCAUCACUUUAUCGACGAAGCCUCAAACUUGCACUUGACUGGGCAGUUCAUAGGCAAGUAUGGCGAGGACAAGCUGUGUAUAUUCGUUCUCUUUUUGAGGCGAAUAAGGACAUCCGCGAUCCUCGCCAACAGAGAGUACUACUGCGGGAGACGGAAAAGUUGCUAGAAACCUGGAAACAUCCCGAUCCGUAUCGCGCACCCACUGCCCCUGGUGGUUCGAAAUACGAGAGGAACCUGCCUGUUCGCCAAUUACCUUAUGCCCCCGAAAGGGCAGCAGCUCACUAA